AUGGAAUUUCCUGUGGAAGGAAAUUACACCCCAAACUUUACCGAGUCGGAGUGUUCUAUUAGAAUUCCGGGUAUCGCUUGGAAAGAAGAAAGCCCCAGGUCUUUUAGAGAGACACCCAGAAUUACUUCGCCCAAUAAGGACGCCAGAGAUGGUCGUGUUCAGGCAUUCAGUGCCCAGAGAACAAGCGAUACACCCAGACCAACCGAGGAAUUAUCCUCUGUAGUGUCCAUCAUUGAGCGCGUGUGCAGCCAGAUUUGCAAUGACCUAAGAAGGAGUGGUGUUCUAAAAGAUGAGAUAGUGGCUGCACGUGUAUACAGCGAGCUCUCAAGCCGCUGUAUCCGAAGAAGCAGCGAUCUAAAUGAAUCAGUUCCAGCUAGCCCAGCUAGUGGCAGAUCGUCUGCCAGCAACGGAUCAAGAGUAGGACAGUUAAAUGGCAGAAAAUCAUCUAAUGGUGACCGAGCUUCUGCCUUAUCAAAAACAGCCACAGAGCGUUCAGUCGCCAAACUAGCAAUUUCUCUCAACACAAGAGGAGAAGAGAGCAGAAACUCAACCAAGAGCAACCCUGUGAGAAGUUCUGCCAGCAACGAAUCAAGAAUUGAACAGAACGAUGGUCUUAGCCCAAGUGAUGGCGACCGGGUUUCUGUCGUAUCUACAGCAAACACUGAGCGUUCAGUCGUCAAAUCAGCAAAGUCCCUCAACAAAAGGAAUGAAAAAUCAUCCCAAGAAAACAGAAACUCGAGCAAAAGUAGCCGUGUUAGUUCUCGUGCAAGAAGCGCCCAUUCAGAGAUUGCAACUACUUCAAGAUCGGCCAGUUCAAUAUCAAGAAACUUGACGAGGAGUGGAACACCAAUACAUGGACAGCGUGUUACGUCAGCUAACAGUGUCAGUUCUAGAGGACGCGUUCUAGAAUCCAGAAUGAACAAACAUAGACAUACUCCAUCGCCUUCUUUUAGACAAACCUCUUCACCUUCUAUACAGAGUAUCCAGAGUACCCCAAGAACUACUGAGGGCAGGAGUUUUGAAAAUAUCCAAGACCGUACAAAAUCAAUUCAGUCCGGUUCAAAGCAGGAUAAUAAUACUUUACUGCUGGAUCAACCAAAGCGUAAAAACAAUGAAUCGUCCACUUCUAUUGGAAAAGAGUGUGCCUCUAGUAGAAGCAGAACAAGCCAUAUUCCAGUCAGAACCAGAACGCCACGUGACAAGGACGUUGCACUGGUCACACGCAAUGAGGACAAAAUUGGACAAGCUUCCUCGCCUAUCGCAUACAGAAAAACGAAAUCUGAAAGCGGACAUUUCGGUAAUAAAGUACACAGCAAAUCAGUAGACACUGAAAUAGAGCGAUGUGAGAGAAAAACGGGAUACAGUUCACAAGUGUCGUCCACAGUGUCAAGUGUUGGUUUCGCCGCUCCUGCAUCAACUGAGGAUGCGUACAAACAAAAGAUGAUUGAUGACACAAAACACAUGUCAUCCAAACUUGCUUCAGAAACAUCAAGUUCAUCCCAGACUUCAAUGAAAGUCUCAUCUAGUCGAUCAAGCAAAAUACCAAUACGAUCUGUCACGCCGGAAGUCACAAAGCCUGCGAAUACUAAAGCAAAAGAUAAUCCAAAGAGACUAUCCAAUGAGAAAUUUGAGAACCCCGAUACUAGUGUCAAAGAGAGCGCUAAGAAUGUGUCUGGUAAAAAAAUCAAGGGAUCCAAUGAAAUCGUUAAAAAAGCAACAAAGAAACCAAGUGUCCCAAAAGCAGGACAAAAGAAAGAAGAAAACGCUCAAAUGAAUGCUCUAGAAAGAAGAAAGUCUUAUGAAGCAAAGCGCAAACUCGAACGGAACGGGGGUCUUACUGCCAAGACUGUAAGGAAAACUGAAAAAGUCACUAAAAAGCAAAUCAACAAAAAUGGAGACAAAGAUGAACUCAAAAUUAACACACGAAAAGAAACGAAUGUCAACACCGAAGUCCCCAUCACUGAGAAAAACCCUUGUCACAAUGAAGACAAUUUUACAUAUGAAGAUGACUUCGAACCGAUGGAUGAUGAGGAAACAAAAGAAAGUGCGUCGCCUGCCGAUAAUAGGGUUGUUCCCUUUGCUCCGGUGUCUAAGACUGAAAUUGUGUGUGCCAACCACGAUGUCAAACAAAGAUCGUCUGUCACACAUGAUCAUACUGAGGGAGACCCCGACAACACACCUCGCCUCAACUUCAUGACCAAUAGAGAGAUCCACGCUUGGCACAUGGACACGGUGCAUGGAAAAUUGGCAGCAGACAUUGGACGAGUUUAUCCCAGCAGCACGCGAUCAGAUGUAGAUUUUGGAUAUCUUAGUCAUCCUACCUCCAAUGAUCUGGUUCAGAGUCAAUCAGGCUACCACCCCGGGUAUUGUCUCACACACAUGCAUCCUAGCAUUGCACACGUCUAUGAUAACUUGAAUCAGGUUCCCGAAUACAAAAGAAUGAAGGAGAAAACCAAAAGGAAGGCCGGAAAGAGAUCUUCUUAUGUUGAUGAAAACGAGCACGUUCGACGUAAGCCGUCCAACGCUAAAAAGAAAACCACGGUGGGUUACGUUCCCGGAUAUGGAGCUGUCCGGGUGAUGAAGGAAGACGUCGGACAAGCUUGUCCUGGAGGGAGAAAGCGCACCUCCAGCAAUACGUCAUUUCCUGUCAUCGAGCAUCAGCUCAAACAUGGCCGGACACAGAGGCCGGUUGUGGGGUACGUUCCGGGAUACGGACCAGUUCGAGGACAACCCGUCCCACUUUUCCCGGUAGUGCCUUCAGAGAGAGUCGUGCUGCCUCCGUUAGAUUUUGGUCAGGCCUGUAGUUGUAAUGGUGACGUCAAGAGGAGCAAGAAAGGUCGUGACAAGAAGAGAAGCCAGGAUCUGUUGGAGAAUCGUGCUCGAGCCAAGCCGUUCAAUACUUAUGUGGACGAGGACGCGUCAAGAAGAUUCGAACGCCAGUAUGCUAUGCAUCGAUAAAGACUGAAAGGGGUUUCUGAAAAAAAAAACAUUGAAAAUAUUGCAAUUGUGUUAAUUAAAUUGAUAAGUUUCAUAACCAGGUGUAAAGCAAUAUGUUAAGUUGAAUUUAAAAUCGAGAAUAAUUUUGAUGUUAAUUUUGAACAAGAUUUAAAAAGAAUUAUCACCCCCUUCCCAUA